GUGGCGUGUGACAUUUGUAACGGAAACAUAUAGUUUCUCGUGUCGGGUCUUUGUGUAUGUAUGUGUGCAAGUGUGUUCAAUUCAAUUAUUUACAACAGAAAGAAAUCAAAUAAAAGGUCUUAAAGCAUGAAUGGAAACAUGAAAUAAAACAAAAUAAAAAAUUAGAAGCGCAAAAGCAUUUAUCCAAAGCCUAGAGUUUCUUUUACUUUUAUGAAAUUUCCUAAAAGAAAAUUUUCUAAUUGCUAAAAUCAAGAGUCUGAAAUUCCUACCUAAGUGCUGGGAGAGGAGAGAAGAGAAUUUGUGUAUCAAACAAAUCCAAGUGUAAAGUGCAAAAGGAAUCCCGCAAAGAAGAAGGGAACAGAAACAAAACGCGCAAAGAAGUAGAGAAAAAACGGCAAUAUUGCCAAUAAACAAAAAAAAAGUUGAAUGAAAAAACCAAAGUCUUGUGUUUACUUUAAAUAAAACAACAAAAAAUAACAAAAAGCAAGUGCAGAGCAAAACAUCAGAAUAAGAGAAAAAAAAGCGAAAAAGAUUAUACGCGCCUCAAAUGCAAGAAGUUGUUUAUAUUUUUUUAUCAAGAAUUGGAAUAAAAAGUGUUGUUGUUUAUUUUUUGCAUUUCCUGUUUAUUGCAAUGCCCGAGUAAUGCUCUGUCGCUGCUCUGCUGUUUCAGUCUACUACCCCCUUAAGUAACGGUGCUUUAGCUGUCAAUUUUGUUUGGGCUGUCGCCGAACAGAGAAAAGCCCAAGGGUUGUAAAAAUAAAAUAUUAGAAGGGGGCCUAGACGCAGACAAGAGCGAAAUUCAACGAAACGAAUGUCCUGGAAUACAGAAAAAACAGCAUUAAUGGCAAAAUAACAAAGAAAGAGUUACAAUAAAAAAAAAAAUAAUAAUUGUGAGAAAGAAAACCAAAUUGUUUUAGGAAAUUCCGGUGUAACCCAACAUUGAACCAUGAUAUCUUAAGUGGUGUAUUGUGUUCUUCUGCCUUCCUUGCUAUCUCAUCUAUACUAUCCUACGCUAUUCCACGUUUUGUUACCAUGGAUAGUAGUGGUGCUCAUACUCCCCCAUCAUCAUCAUCAUCAUCAGCUGCCGUCAUGCUUCCACACAGAAAAUGGAAGAGGGCUAAUACUCAACGACUACAACAUUCCUUUGGAAUCAAUUCACGACCGGCUUUUCACUUGACAUUUGUUUUGAAAGCCUCUUUGGUUCUAUCGAUACUCUGCAUAAGUUUUGCUGCGGAUUUGGUUAAUGCAAGUCAAGCUCUCACAUUCACCAUAGAGCCCCAAGAUGUUGUAGUGGCCGAAGGUCAUUCCGUUCUACUGCAGUGUGCAGGCCUGGCGCAGCUGGCGAAAAAUCAAAAGACUUCACCCAACAUCCGGUGGCGGGGACCCGAUGGCCAUGACUUGGGCAUAGUGGGUGACACCUUUCGCAACCAAUUGAAAAAUGGCUCACUCUACAUCAGCUCGGUGGAGGAAAAUCGAGGCAUUACCGGCUCCUAUCAAUGUCUGUUGUCGCUGGAUGGUAUUGGCACCAUAGUCAGCCGGUCUGCUAUAGUGUCCAUAGCUCGUUUGCCUGAUUUGAAUCAGGAUUUCAUAGAGACCUAUCUGCUGCCAGGGCAAACUGCCUAUUUUCGUUGCAUGAUUGGCCAAAUGCAGCAGGGCAUGAAGCAUGUGAUCCAAUGGAUUAAAGACGAUAUGCCCUUGCAAAUGGAUAAAUUGCGCAUGGUGAUAUUGCCCAAUGGGGCUUUGGAAAUCGAUGAGGUAACCUUCUCCGAUCGAGGGGUCUACCAGUGUAAUGUAACCUCCGGCUCCAUAUCGCGUCUCAGCAGCAAGACCAGUCUGAAUAUGAAAAAGAUGCUGGAAAAUGUAGACAACCCAGUGGCUCCCUCUUUUCUGGUGGGACCCUCCCCUCAAACGGUCAAGGAAGGCGAUGUGGUUACGCUGGAUUGUGUAGCCAAUGGAGUGCCUAAACCCCAAAUAAAAUGGCUGAGAAAUGGCGAAGAGUUGGAUUUGAAUGAUUUGGACUCUAGAUUUUCCAUCAUAGGCACAGGGUCCUUGCAAAUCUCCUCGGCAGAGGACAUCGAUUCUGGAAACUAUCAAUGUCGUGCCAGCAACACGGUAGACUCCUUGGAUGCCCAGGCCACUGUGCAGGUUCAAGUACCGCCCAAAUUUAUACAAAGCCCUAAGGAUAAGAUGGCCUAUGAGAAGGAGGAAUUGGAGCUGGAAUGUGCCAUACGCGGCAAACCUAAGCCAGUCAUUAAGUGGCUAAAGAAUGGCGAUUUCAUAACACCCAACGAUUAUAUGCAAAUUAUUGCAGGCCAUAAUUUACGUAUACUCGGUCUGCUGCAGUCCGAUGCUGGCAUGUUCCAAUGCGUGGGAACCAAUCCGGCUGGCAGUGUACAGGCAGGAGCUCGUCUGCGUGUUCUACAUCCAGGCAAAUUGAAAAACAAUCGUAAAACUCAAUCACAAACUACAAAAUCCCUAUAUCUAGACUAUGGGCCACAGCCGCCCCCUAUACCCUUGAAGAAUAGGCGAAAAAAUAAGUUUAACUCAGGUGAAGUACGCACCAAAUCGGGUGAUUCGGUAGAAACCACUCGCAUUAUUUCGAAAAGUUCCUUCGAUAGUCUACUCUCACAGAAGGGUAAUAAGAAGUUCAAUAAUUUUCCCGAACAACCCAUGAACGAUCGUCAUUUUGAAGAUCUCAUGCAAUAUGCUGAAGAUCCAGCUGAUGGAAAUCUCUCAAGAGAGUUAUCAAGAAAUAUUCAUGAUUAUGAAAAAUCAAUGGAAACGAAAUCGCAACUUCCUCUAACCAAUGGGGGAGAAACUGACGAUGAUGAUGACUAUGAUGAUCCAACGGCUAAUGAGGAGUUUAUCAAUGCCUACAAGAAUGGGCAUGAUCCUAAUAAAAUUUUAAAUUCUUGGACCAAUAAAAGAAGAACCAAUCCCUCUCUUGGUGUAUCGAAUUCACCCGAACAAACCUCCUCCCGUUCGUCUUCUAUAGUUUUAGAUUUACCUGAAGGUGGUGGAAGCGGUGGCCUGCACAACAAUGGCAAGGGCACUGUGCUGAGCUCGGGCCUGAUAAGUCGGCUGCCAGGCCCUCCGCGAGAUCUGGUGGCACAGAUUGUGAAGCCUCGUUUUGUAACGCUGAGCUGGAUAGAGCCCAUCAAGAAUCCUGCCGAGGUGGUCUCCUACACCGUAUACUACAAAAUGCAGAACAGUGAAAGAGAACUAAAACUUGUCACCAAAUCCCAUGAUGAUCAACAAGUUAACAUCCAAUCACUGAUACCCGGCCGUACCUAUCUAUUUCGAGUUGUGGCCAAUACAAAUUUCGGUCCUGGAGAUUCUUCGGAACCCCUCGAAGUCUUAACCCAACCCGAAGAGAAUAUAGCAGGACCACCCACCAAUGUUGAAGGUUAUGCCCGCAAUCACAAAGAAAUCUAUGUCAAAUGGCAGGAGCCCACCGUGACGAAUGGAGAAAUUUUGAAAUAUCGCAUUUAUUACUCAGAGGGUGAUAAUGGUCCCGAAAUGUUCCAUGACAGCACUGCCCUGGAUGCUGUAUUAACCGAAUUAAGGCCCUAUACCGAUUACACCAUUACUGUGGUGCCAUUUAAUAAAAAUGGCAUGGGAGAUCCCUCAAAUGAGAUACGCGUGAAGACUUUCUCCUCUAUGCCUUCGGAGCCACCAAAUAAUGUUACCCUGGAGGUAACAAGUUCAACGUCCAUUACCAUUCACUGGGAACCGCCUUCGGAAGAGGAACGCAAUGGUCAAAUUACUGGCUAUAAGAUUCGUUAUCGCAAAUUGAAAGAUGCUCCUCAGGUCAAAAGUACCCCGGCCAAUAUUCGUUACUACGAAUUGGGUGGCCUAGAUCGCAAUUCGGAAUAUCAAGUGAAAAUAGCAGCCAUGACUGUAAAUGGUUCGGGACCCUUUACCGAAUGGUAUCGCGUUAUGACUUUGGAAAAUGAUUUGGAUGAGACACAGGUGCCCGGACGGCCUGUAUGGAUGGGUACCCAUGCAGGAGCGGGAACUAUAGCCUUGCACUGGGGACCUCCUCAACAGCAUGAGAUUAAAAUACGCAGCUAUGUCUUGGGUUGGGGUCGAGGCAUUCCCGAUGAAAAUACUGUGGAACUAAAGGAAACCGAUCGCUACUAUGAGCUGAAAGAUCUCGAAGCCAAUACCGAGUAUGUGGUAUCGCUGAGGGCGCGCAACAUACAAGGCGAUGGCCCUCCCGUUUACGACAAUAUCAAGACCACAAAUGAAGAUCCCAUAGAAACCCCCACACCCCUAGAGGUGCCUGUGGGCUUGAGAGCCAUAACCAUGUCCAGUUCAUCGAUAGUGCUCUAUUGGAUAGAUACCAAAUUAAGUUCCAAUCAGCAUGUAACCGAUAAUCGCCACUAUGUGGUGCGUUAUGGCAUUUCUUCGCCCUCGCCACGUUAUCGCUAUCAAAAUGCCUCGGAUCAGAACACCAUGGUCACCGAUCUCAGGCCCAAUACUCAAUAUGAGUUUUCGGUAAAAGUUGUCAAAGGACGUCGAGAAUCGGACUGGUCUAUGGCUGUUUUAAAUACCACCUAUCAGAAUGUGCCCAUAACACCUCCACGAGAAUUGUCUGUGCAACCCGAUGAACAGAAUCCCCUGAAUGUCAUACUACAAUGGAUGAAGCCCAAGCAUACAGUCUACCCCAUAACAGGAUACAAUAUUUACUACACCACCGAUACUACAAAACGAGAUCGCGAUUGGAAUAUACAGACCUUUAGUGGGGAGGAAACCUCAUUUAUUUUACCCAAUCUUAAGCCCUACACCACAUACUACUUCAAAGUUCAGGCCAGAACAAACAAGAUAGCCAAUGGUCCAGGAGGCGGUGCAAACACGGCCCCCUUCUCUGCUUUGGUGGCCUAUACCACGGGUCAUGUGGUGGUCAAACACGAACCGGCCACCAUUAGCGGCAAAGGUAUAAACAACGAAAUGAUUUUGUAUAUGAUUAUCUUUGGCUUUGCCCUCAUACUGUUCAUUGUGGUGGCGGUCAUAGUGAUAAUGUGUCGCCGUAAACCCCAAUCGACUCCGGAGCAUACGAAAAAGAGUCUCCCAUCUUCGAACAGCUAUCAGAAGAAUAAUGUGGGUGUACCCAAACCACCAGAUCUAUGGAUACAUCAUGAUCAAAUGGAAUUGAAGAAUAUCGACAAGACCAUGCAUGGCUCAACACCAGGUUGCAGCGAUGCUGCCUCCAGCAGUGGUGCCUUAACCCUGCCCCGUUCAGUGGGUCAUGACUACGAAGUGGAUACACCGGUGCCCAACCACAUAACCAACUCUUUGGAUAAACGUUCAUAUGUGCCAGGUUAUAUGACCACUUCUUUGAAUUCCACCAUGGAAAGGCCCCAAUAUCCCCGUACCCAAUAUAACAUUCCUGCCAAUAGAUCUCACAUGAAUGUUGACACAGGUCUGUCACAGCAAAGUCUAUCACAGCCUCAGAAUAAUUCGCUGGCACAAACGCCAGAACAUCCGUAUGGCACAUAUGACUCUAAUUUCUGCAAUCCUGGUUAUACUGGUGGACCUACAGGCCCUGGCUCUGUGGCCGGUGGUCCUUCUGGCGCAGCUAGCAAUGGUGGCGUCUCCACCAUUGAAAGUACCAAACGAGGUCACCCAUUGAAAAGUUUCAGUGUACCCGGACCACCGCCUACGGGUGGUACCACACCGGUUAAUAAACACACUCCUGCCGUAACAAUACGUCCACAAAAUCAAUCACCAUAUAAGAAGCCAUCAUUCUCAGCCGCCACACCUAAUCGUCUGCAGAGUGGUCCCUCGGUGACCCAUUCCAAUGAUGAAAUUCAACGAUUGGCCCCGAGCACCUCAACCGAGGAACUAAAUCAGGAAAUGGCCAAUUUGGAGGGUCUAAUGAAAGAUUUGAGUGCAAUUACGGCCAAUGAAUUUGAAUGUUAA